UCAAAAUCCCAACUCCAACCUACUAAAAUCUCAACUCCAACUCCAACUCCGCCAAAGUCAACUCCGACUCCAACUCCAACUCUAACAAAAAAAUCCUCAACUCCGGAGUUGGAGUUGCCCAGCCCUGGUACUGUUAAUCUCUAUUUCGGAUCUCAAGUUGUCGGAAGCGAAACUGGUAUUAUAUAUAACAACGAAAUGGAUGAUUUUUCAUCUCCAGAUUCUAUAAGUUAUUUUGGUGUACCAAGUUCAAAAGCAAACUUUAUUGAACCAAGUGCGAGUGAAGGAACAAAAAUAACGACAACUGUAGCUCAGGUAGCGAUGAAAAAUUUAUGGUCUAAUCAAAAUAUUAAAGAUACAAUUGAUGCUCUUCGAAUUCAUCAUCAGUUAUUGCCACCUGAAUUGUUAGCAGAAGACGGAUUUGAUCCUCAAAUUUUGUCUCAGUUAGCUAAACGUGGUCACAAAAUAAAUUGCACUGCCUAUGGUGGUUCGGUCGUACAAGGUAUCGAAUGGCGAGAUGACACACUAGAGCUGUGGACAAACAGUGAUAAUAGAAAAGGCGGUGCACCGGAUGACUAUUAA